AUGGCGUCAGUCAAUGAUGAUGGCAUAGAUGCGAGACUGGCACCCAUUAAACAAGAGGACUGUGAGUGGGGCACACCGGGUGAUUUGUGUGUCAAGCGGGAGGAUUUUGAAGGAGCGAUUUCAGAUUUUAAAGAGGAGCUGAAGGUGGAGACUGUCAACAUUAAAAUUGAGAUCUCUGAAGAUUUCUCAGGUCUUCUGGAACUGGAAAAGCAUGACAUUGGCAAUAUUGUCAAGCAAGAUAUUUCUGAACAAUCGCAUAACGGUUUUCAGCCCUCGCUCACUAAUAUGGGACAAUUGGCUACACAGCAGAAUUGUGUGGAACUGGAAUUUGAGAUACCUGAGUUUGAGGAGAAAAUCACUGAAGGAAGUGGAAGAGAAGCAGAAGAACUGCAGUCAUCUGGGAAUGUUAAAAUAAAUUUACAGGAGGAUGGCAGCUUCUCCCCAUCUUCACAUGUUCAGCCCUUUCUUCAAGGCAGAGUGCAACAGAAACAGGAAAAGAAAAAGAAACCAACAAGAGGAUCCGAGCAUUUGACAGCAGCCUCUUUGCAGUGCAGUUCUCUUAAUACUGUGAAACUAACAUCAAUAGAAGCCAUCAAAAUUGACCAACAUGUCGUUCACAGCACAGACCAAGAGUCCUUGUCUGUGGGCCAAGAGUGCAGAAAAAUAUUCAAAAGCAAAUCUGAUUGUAAAGAUCUCAAGUUGAAUGAUAUGAAACCAUAUUGCUGUUCUAAAUGUGGCAAAAGAUUCCUUUACAAUAGCGUCUUCAAAAGACAUACAAUAAUCCAUAGUGGUGAAAAGCCAUAUGACUGUUCUGAAUGUGGCAAAAGAUUUAACAAUGUUAGCAAUCUCCAAAAACAUAGAAGCAUUCAUACUGGAAUAAAGCCAUAUGGCUGUGCAGAAUGUGGUAAGAGAUUUAUUUACAGCAGUCAUCUUAAGAGUCACACAAGAGUUCAUACUGGAGAGAAGCCAUAUUGCUGUUCUGAAUGUGGCAAAAGAUUUAGCAAUGUUAGCAGUCUCCAACGACACACAACAAUUCAUACUGGAUUAAAGCCCCAUGGCUGUGCAGAAUGUGGUAAGAGAUUUAUUUACAGCAGUCAUCUUAAGAAUCACACAAGAGUUCAUACUGGAGAGAAGCCAAAUUGCUGUUCUGAAUGUGGCAAAAGAUUUAGCGAUGUUAGCAGUCUCCGACAGCACAGAAGAAUUCAUACUGGAUUAAGGCCACAUGCCUGUGCAAAAUGUGGUAAGAGAUUUAUUAAUAGCGGUCAUCUGAAGGAGCACACGAGAAUUCAUACUGGAGAGAAGCCAUAUUGCUGUUCUGAAUGUGGGAAAAGAUUCAGUCACGGCAGCGCUUAUUAUAGACAUGUAAGAGUUCAUACUGGAGAGAAGCCAUAUUGCUGCUCUGAAUGUGGCAAAAGAUUCACUGAGAGUGGCGCACUUGAUAAACAUCUAAGAGUUCAUACUGGAGAGAAAACGUAUUGAUGUUCUGAAUGUGGAAAAAGAUUUGCAGCUACAAGCGGUCUUUGGAAGCACACAAGACAAAUGCACG